AUGAGAAUGAUCGGCGAUAUCGUAAAAUACCUGGACAUAGCAUACGUGCCCAGGAGCGGCUUCGACAGCGUCGGCAAGGCGGGCGUCCUGCUUUUCCGCGAUGAGGUGGCGCGCUACGCCGACGUGCGGGACCGCCUCCGGGAUACCAUGCUCGGCAUGGUGCAGGCGGAACGCGAAGGCCAGUUGGUGGACAGGGCUUCGCUGAAGAAGGCGUGCGAAAUGCUCGUAGCCUUGGGGCUCGGUUCCACCUCGGUCUACGAAGAAGAUUUCCAAGUGUUCUUUCUAGCCGAGACGGCCCAGUUCUACGCCGCACGGGCACUAGUCUACAUCGACACCAAGGACGCUUCCGAGUGGUGCAGAACGAGCUCGUCGGAAAGCACGCUGAAGGCCAUCGUGAACAUGGAGGACUCUGGCGUCGAGCGCAUGCUCGCGAACCAGAUGAACGACGACCUCGCUCGGAUGUUUCGGUUCUUGAAGUGCGUGCAAGGCGGCGUCAAAACUUUGCUCGACUGCGUCAGCAAGUACCUACGGAAUCUGGGAAGAUCUACCGUGAACGAGCACCUGUACUCGGGGAGCCUCAUACCUUCAUUAAUGGACCUUAAAAACCGCUUCGACUACCUCGUUCAGUACUGCUUCGAGGACGAUGAAGCGGCCAAGCAGGUAGUCGCCACUGACUUUGAGUACAUACUCAGUCUGACUAACAAAUCGGCCGAGCAUCUGGCUGCAUUCGUAGACGACGUGAUGCGAAAAGAAAUCAGGAACAAGACAAAGCAGGAGAUCGGCCAGCUCCUGGACCAAGUUAUGGCGUUAUUUCGACCCUUGCAGGACAAAGACCUCUUCGAGCGGCACUACAAGCAGCGUCUGGCCAAGCGGCUCCUGCUCGACAAGAGCGCCUCGAACGAAACAGAGAAGGCAAUGGUCGCCAAGCUCAGGAAAGAAUGCGGCUGUCUGUUCACCUCCAAGAUGGAAGCCAUGCUUAAGGACAUGCACACCUCCAGUGACGAGAUGAAGGAGUUCAAAGAGGCCAUUUCCUCUUGCGGAAUAGACAUGCGCGGAAUCGACGUAAACGUUCGCGUACUCACGACUGGCUUCUGGCCCCUGGCGGCCGUCACGCAACUGAGCAGUAUUCCCACCACCCCGUGGAGCGUUUUCCAAACCUUCCGAAGGUUCUAUCUGGCGAAGCAUGGCGGCAGACAGCUCAACCUGCAACCGCACCUUGGCAGGGCCGAUAUGAGCGCCGUGUUCUACGGGCCGACGAGCGAGCCCUCAACGUCCCAGGCGGCGAGCACAUCGUCCGAGGAGCUUCGUCCGCGAACCUACAUCAUCCAGGUGUCGACGUACCAGAUGUGCGUGCUGAUGCUGUUCAACCACUACGAGCGAAUAGUGUACGAAGACAUCGUCUUGGAGACAAACAUGCCCGAAACGAGCCUGGUUCGAGCGCUCCGUUCGCUGUGCACGAACACAGCCUCCGAGCCGGUGCUGACCAAGACGCCCGCCUCGAGCGAGAUCGGGAACGGCGACGUUUUCGCCGUCAACGAAUCCUUCACGUCUGGUUCACAGAAAGUCAAACUCGGGUCGACGCCGGGUAGUAGGACAUCCGCGACGAUGAACAGUCGAGCGGUGGUCAACAUUGACGAAGACCGGAGGUACGCGCUGGAAGCGGCCAUAGUGAGGGUGAUGAAGGCGCGCCUGAAAAUGACGUACUGCGACCUCUUCGCCGAGGUGACGAGUUUGCUGCAAGGCACGUACACGCCCAGUGCCGCUGCGUUCAAGACCAGAGUUGACGCCCUCGUAGAGAGGGUUUAUAUGGAGCGGGACCCCGACAACGAGAACGUCUAUAACUACGUUCCGUAA